GCGCCACCGGAUCAUCCUUACGUGCGGACGCUGUACGCAUACCGUACAGCGCUGGUACAGCUCUAUGCGAGAUCACGCCAACUGGACUCUGCAAGUGUGCGAUUUGCCCGCAUGGGAAGCAUAUCACUGUGGUGUCAGUUCGGGUGUGAGUAUCUCGAAACGCCACACCAUCUAUUUGCCAAGUGUCGUCAUUUCGUGGAAACGUGCAACAAGUCGUCGCAGGAAGUGGUUGAUAUAACUUCCAUGCUUCUUUGUGAAGCAAAAACCACUGUUCAAACAACAGAUAUUUAUCUACACCCCGCAUGGCACUUGUUCGUUGACGACACUUUAGUGUGGCCCUUGCACCAGACUCACUAUUGCUUGGGAACUUACCUGCGAUUCAACCAGCAGAUCAAAUAA